AUGCGCGUUCAACUCUCUCGCCUAGAGCGGGGUCCUCCACUCCUUUUCUCAAUUCUUUCCAUCAUAUUCGCUCUCCUCUUUCUCAUCAUUGAAGCACAGUCCUAUGACUACAAGAUUACAUACAAUGAAUCGAUUACGGGACUUACAAUAGCUGAUGCUACGGCUGAUUUCGAUGGAACAACGAUAGUUUGUCUUAAAAAACCUUUAAAUAAACAAUGUUCUAUGAACAAUUUUUAUCUAAGGGUCAUCCUCCCAAACAACUCCAUAAUCGCAUCAACCUUUAAACUUGCUCUUGACAAUCACAAUUAUUGCGACUUUAACAUUGAAACAACAGUGUUGACAAAUGGAUGGGUAUAUUUGACUUAUAUGAGGUCCAUCGGAAGCUCUCGUUUCGCGCAAUAUGGAAUUCCCGUCGCUUAUAACGGGUUGUUAGGUGUGCCAAACUUGUUGGCCAACCUUAGCGAUACACUUCCCGGUCAUAUUUUCAAAAGCAUGGUGCCUGAAGCUGGUUUUCUGUAUGCAAAACAAGUAGGCGCAAACGGUCCCGUGAUCUGGAAACGAUGUUCCACAGUCGCCGAAGAUAGUGGUGUCGAUUGUCCUGACAAUGGUACUUUUGCUCCCAAGGAUGGUGCCCAAAUACGAGAUUUUAGAAUAUUCAGCACAGUUGACGGUGGCUUUAUUUGUGUGUUCGCUACACAGAUUCCGAAUGAGUAUGUCAAUAGCAAGGCACAGCUGGAACUAGAAAUAUUGUUCCUCGAUCCAGAUGCCAAUCAAGCUACCAAACCAACUACUAUAUACACGGGCCCACCAGGUAUAGACAAAAUAACCCUUGGCGACUGUGGUUUGUCGUAUGACGGAUACGAAUACACUUGCCUACUGCUGGUUUCGACGGGUCGGAAUCAGAAACUGCUUCAAGUAAAUUUUUAUUCAACUCGGCCGGGAGCUAGUAACGCCCCCCUAAAGACUGCUUCUAAAGAUAUCGUUGGUGUUGACAAAAUAAGGCCAUUGUUCAACGGAGGAUACGUGUUACUUUAUAACUUUGCAAAAGAUGGUGAAACCUUUGUUAAAAGGGCAAAAAUGAUAGAUCCAGAUGGUAAAGCCGUACAAACGAUAUCAUUCGUUAAACCGGUACCAAUGCUAAAUGUCUAUCCAAGAAACAAUACCAUCUGGUAUUGGGAGAAUGAUUCAACACAAUCUUGGUCCAUUGUAUCUCAUAAUUUACCCAAUUAUACGAAAUACGGUGGUACUUACCAAAGUCCAAACGUAAUAACAACAGCGCCUCUAAUUGACAGUGAAAUUGCAACUCGCAGACCCAUCAUAGACAUUACCUACAACAUACCGGUCAAACCAGCCACAGGAAAUGUUACGAUAUAUGCGACUGAUGGCGUAAAGAAAUACUUUCGUCAGUCAUACUCGCCAAUAUCUUUCCAAUACUGUCAAUUAGAUAAGCACAAUCAAACAUUGACUUUAGAUGUAUUGACCAGCACCUUCAAUCAACCAAACAUGACUUAUUACGUCGUCUUGGAUAAUGGAUUUGUAGAAUCCAUGGAAGAUGGCGAGCCGAUUCUGGGGAUUUCUGACGGGAAAUGGAAAUUUCGGACAGCUUCAAUACCGACCAACGAUGUCUACGCACCCUCUGAAAUAGUAACUGUCCGCCUAAAUUUUAUGGGUACUUCUCGCUUUCUGCAGCUUUCCAAGUCCGAACGUUCAGCAUUUCUUUCUUCCCUCGGCAACUCCCUUGCAUUUAUUAUUCCAGUAUCUCCAUCACGGCUGUCAAUCAUCGAGAAAUUCCAGGUGGCAUCCGACAACGGCCAGAAACAAGUGUUGCUGUCGAUUCAAGUUCGUGCUGGCACGAGCGAUAUGGAAAUGGGUGUGAAUUCGGUGAUUGAUGACUUGAACGUUUUGAUUAAGAAUAAGGGCAUUACAGCGGUUUCUCGAUACCCGGAAACUAUGUUUUUAGACGAAAAUUUUGGUGUCCGCAUUGAACCUAACUUUUGGAACACAUAUAAACGAAAUAUAAUAAUUGCGGCAGCCGCAUUCUUGCUGAUUGGAUUACUUUAUCUUUUGGCACAUCGUCUUAACCCAGAGGCCAAUAAUGCAGUUAUUUUUACUCUUGUACUGACACUGUAUGAUGUUGCUAUUGACUUUGCAUUCAUUAUACGAAAUGGCCAAGAUGUGCGAUCGUUAUAUCUACCAAGUAUUCUUAUUCUCGUGGUUUCAAUUCUUUUUAACACAACAAUGGCACUAUACAUAAUGAUAUCAGAGAAUACACGCUCAUAUCGAUUUCAUGUCUGGACCCAAUCGUGCGCAAAGAGUGCUGCCGUCUUUACUGUUUUAGCAGCGUCAAAUAUUGAGGUUUUGACCGUGGCAUACAGUAGAUUAUGUAAAUCAGAAUAUUUUUCUGCGCCAUUCAGUGAGCGAAGCUUGAAAAUAAUCUUCUGGGCGAGCACUGGAAGCUUUUUCAUGGAAGAUAUGCUGCAGUUUAUUAUUCAGGUUAUUUACCAUAGCAGAAGCAUCACAUACGAUAUUGUCCCACUCUUAACUCUUAUCUCUGCGUCGGUUAUGCUCACAGUUAAUUUCAUUACUCGGAUGUAUUACGGAAUCACUCUGAUACAUACUUGCAAGGAUGACGUUAGGCUUUCGGAUGGAUCUGUUUCUGAAACAACUGCGGCAAAGGACGCGCCUAAUAUCUGUUGA